AAGCAUUUGAAUGGGGAGCCAAGAUGGCGGCGUAAUCUACAGAACGCGACAGAAUCCUCUCCUAAAUUUAUUUUUAAUAUAGCAACUUAGACUUGAUUAAUAUCAAAUAACUUGUUCGAAACAAGUAAGACAUUAGUAACUGGCAUUGAUUUCAUUCCAAACAUCAAUCUUGCAUUGACAUUUCAGGAUUAGUAUUAGUACAGACACGGACUUUUCCCAACUAGCUAGCUAGCUAACUUUUUGUGAUCCGGAUCUCGUGCAGUGUAGCUCAUGGCUAACAACGGGAACAAACGUAAGUCUCCAAACGCUGGUGCACCUCAUCACAUCCAGACUCUCCAUUGAAAACCCCAACUACCAAAAACAGGAAAAUAUUCGAAGAUGAUGUUGCUCAAAGCAUCAUUACAAAACUAACAGUGGCGAUAAGUGAGAGAGCAGAUGGCUUGCAGGCAGGUAUUGAAAACUUGAAAGAAUCAGUCGAAUCUGUCUUCGCUGAAGUAAAAGAUCUAAAAAGAAAGAUGGAGAAUACGGUCAUCAGAGUUGGUAAAACCGAACGAAAAUUGGCUGAGAUGGAAAACAAGGUGUUAGAACUCUCACGGUAUAAAAGACGCUGGAACUUGCGCCUGUUUGGUCUCGUCGAAGAGGAAGGGGAGGACGUUCGGAAAAAGGUGAUCUCCAUUUGUCAGAAAACUGCUCCAGACCUCAAGGACGAACUCCCUGAUGUGACUGACAGCGUUCAUCGGCUUGGAAAAGCUCACCAGGACAAGCAACGAGCAAGAGGUGUUAUUCUACAGUUUUCAAUGAGGCACUACCGCGACGGCGUCUGGAAAGCUGCGAAACACUCAACAUAUCUCCAAGAGAAUAAACUGCGUUUCAAGGAAGACUUCUCCCCAGAUGACAGGGCAAGACGUAACCUGCUGUGGCCGUUAGUGGAGAAGGCUAGAAAAGAAGGCAAGAUAGCCUAUUUCGUCGGAGUAAGAGCCUUCAUCGAGAAGAAGGAGAUUCAUCCCCCAACAGACUGUGCAAACUGUUGAUCACUCAAUUCAGGACACUCAUUCAGAGGCAAAUUACUUUAAAUUUUGGAAAUCGCAAUGGGGUGAAGAAAUUUGGCUCUCCCAUGGCUCAAAUCAUUCGUGCUCCUGUUGUUGGACUCUGUGAAAGCCGGUAUUUCAUCGCACGCGAUAAGUUGUGUGAAAUGCUUGGACGACGGCUGCCUAAAUGCAACCAAAGGCUGGCGGUCACAAAACGGGAAGGACGACAACGUGUGGGACAGAAACGGCUUGGGGAAUUCCAUUCCAGUGUGCGGAUUUUACUCACCCCCGUCUGAAACAUGGUACCAUGUUUGCCAGAAAAACCACACCGUCUUCAUGGUAACCAACGAUUCAGAGGCAGGUGUAUCUUUCGCACUUGAAGCAUCUGGAAAGGACUUGAAAUUUGAGAGAAAGACUGGAAAUGAAUGCCCCACGUUGGAGCCAGAGCCACCGACAACAGGCUACACCAAGGCCAUCUCGGUUAACUGUCCCACAAAGAGGUAUGUGGUCAUCCUUUUCCAGCCGGUCACCCUCACCUGCAACUACCAGACCUCCUCCACCCAGCCGCCCGUGGUCACCUGGCGGUACAAGUCGUACUGCCGGGACCCCAUCCAGGCGGCCCUGAACCCCAGCAGCGCUGAGAAUGCCCUGGCCCAGGCCAACCCCAACUACAACCCCAACAUCGAGUGUGCGGACAGCCAGAGGACGGUGCGCAUCGUGGCCUCCAAGCAGGGGAACGCAGUCACCCUGGGAGAGGUGUACCAGGGUCGAAAAAUCAGCAUCCUGAACAACGCAGACCUGAACAUCGCCCAGACGGCCUGGGGAGACAGCGGCGUGUACGUCUGCUCCGUGGUUUCCUCGCAGGACCUGACGGGAAACAGUGAGGACUACACCGAGCUCAUCGUGCUAGAGAGAAAGUCAAAUACUACAGACCUCCUGCCUGGCAUUGACUUACUGGUCAUGGAAGACUGGUUGCUGGUGCUGUUGUUGGUGCUGGGCUUCCUCCUGUUGCUCCUCCUGAUUGGUAUCUGCUGGUGUCAGUGCUGCCCCCACACCUGCUGCUGCUACAUCAGAUGCCCCUGCUGUCCGGAGCGCUGCUGCUGCCCUCGAGCACUGUACGAGGCAGGGAAGGCGGUGAAAUCGGGCGGAGCGUACAGUCAGUACGCCCCCACCAUGUACGCCCCCCCCAGCCUGUACGCCCAGCCGGUGUACGCGGGGGGGAUGAACCCCCCCCCCAUCCCCAUGCUGCCCAUGCCCAACUCCGCCGCCGGCCCGCCCCCGUCCAACGGCUACAACCGCGACUACGACGUAGCCAGCUCAGUUGGUCAGGGUUCGCAGGUUCCCUUGCUGCAGGAAAGUGGGGGAAAUCCAACUCGCAGUGGCUACCGCAUCCAGGCCACCCCGGACGGCAACCCCACCCGCGUGCUGUACUACAUGGAGCAGGAGCUGGCCAACCUGGAUCCCUCACGGCCCGGGGUCUCCUCCGGGAACCACAACCGCAUGGACGUAAUGAGUGAGGUGAGCUCUCUCCAUGAUGGUCUGGACCCCAGGAGCAGGGGUCGAGCCCAGCCCCCCGCUCUGCCCACCGUCUACGACCACGACGACAACAUGAGCACCAUCAGCAGCGUGUCCCAGCAGGGUCGCCGCGACAACUACGACAGGCGGGGCGGGGCCGCCGGGUACGCGGCCGCCCGCGGCCGCGCCCGCUCCAUGGACAACCUCGACGACAUCGGCCGCGGUCACCGCGACCGCGACGACUACCCUCCGCAGCGGCGGGAGGGCGGGGCCAGAGGCGGCCGCAGAGGAUCGGACGACGGGUGGAGCGGCAGCGGCGGCGGGGGACGGGGCGGCCAGGACCGCGACCGGGACACCCCCAGGAGGCGCGACUACUCCCCCGACGACCGGCGCGGCUACCAGGGCAAGCGCAGCCGUAGCCGUGACGACCUGAUGGACCUGGAGCGGGGGCGGGGCGGGCGCGACGCGUACGAUGACAGCUUCCUGCGGGAGGCCAUGGAGAAGAAGAAGCUGGGCGAGCAGCAGCGGGCCCGGAGCCGAGACCGCCUGGACAGCGACGCUGACCGCUUGGACCGCGGGCGCGGCCCCCGGGGGCCCCCGCCCCUCCCCCAGGCCGCGCCCUCCUCCGUCCCCGACCGCCGCCAGUACGGCGGCGACGGCUUCCCGCCGCCCCCUCCCCCGCCCUACAGCGACGACGAGAGCGUCUCGUCUUCCAAAAGGAGCAACCUGCGCAAGAACGGGGCGGUGAGCCGCGAGAGUUUGGUCGUGUGAGGUCUGCGCCGGAGAACGAUUCCACCACGCGUCUGCCAAAAUCUGUGACACGCAUCAGCGAAAAUCUGAGGUGCGUCUGCAAAACAUCUACGACGUUCGUCUGCAGAUCUUUUCUGACACAAACUCUCGGAUGCUAACGUCUGUGUCAUGGGGCCUUCUUCGAGCCUGUGUGAAUAGCCAUUUUCAACUUCGCGAUUUUUUUUGAUUUCAAGAGAAUUUUCUACGUCCAUCCCAAUUUAAUGUGCUUAAGCUCAGUCUAUUUCAAUUUCAGCGUUGGAUUACGGAUCUGUGUACAUAAGUGUUUUGUUACGGAACGGGGGAAAUUAGGUUUUAAGUUGAAAUUAAUUUUAUUGUAUUUCUAAAAUGUAUUUCUUUUAAAACAUUUUUAUGUAGUACUUGUUUUUAGAGUUUUUUUAAGUGAUUGAUAUUUUGUAUUAUUUGGACUAUGAACUUUAUCUCCUGAAAUGAAAUACAGUUUGUUCACUUUUAAAUAAAAUGGAUUGUAUUCUUAUUUCAGUCCUGAAAUAAUCAUUCUGACUUUCUGGGUUCAUCAGUGACUCUAGCUUUGGUCAAGUUUUAAAGGCUGGUUCAAGAAUUCUAGAGAAUAGAAAUCACUAUAUAAUACCAUUCCACUAAUAAAUGCAGUUUACUGAAAUAUUAAAUAUUUGAAUCUUGAAGCCUCAUUUUAAAUGAAAAUAUUAAGUAUGGAUCAAACCUUUGUCAAACUACUGAUGCAAUAUAUUUUUAAACCUUUCUGAAACACAUGCACAUUAAAUAUAAAUUCUUGCAGUGUCAUUUUAAACUAGUUCUAUUUCUUGUGUACUAAUAGGUGCUGUUCUUUUAUAGUAAUAUCCCUUAUCGUUACUAACAAACUUUAGUAAUAAUAAAAACACGCUUAUUUUUCAGUCAGAAGGGAAAGUGCAUAUUUUUUCAUUAGUUUGAGUGUUAAUGUGUAUUUGUACAGUUUUAUAAUUGAACAAACAUACAAUAAAUAAAAAUGUGUCCACUACUGUACAUGUCACUUUUCAAUAAAGCGUUUUGUUAUAAGGCCUA